CAUGUCAAAGUCAUUAAUUGUCAAACAAAAUUGUUUACAAAAACCGUAAUAAGGAAAUAUUUAUGAUUUUUAAAAUAAAAGUAUGAGUUCGCUACAAGAAAGGUUACAAUUAAAGCGAGUGCCGUUAGAUACGUGGAAUACGAGAGAACAGCUAUGUCUAGCUUCAGCCGUGGUUAGGAGUGGUGAUCAAAACUGGAUGUCUGUUUCUCGCGCGUUGAAGACUGUAGGCGAGCCGAAUAGACCCCCUGAUUGGUAUUCACAGAAAAGUUGUGCAGCACAAUAUGGAGCACUAUUAGAACAUGUUGAGACUCCAAAGCGCAAGAAGAGAAGUUCAGAAGGUGCGGUGGAGACCCCACAGGAGAGCAUUCUUAAACGACUCACACAGGAACGGAUUACGGAGAUACACAAAGUUAUUGCAGAACUCACACAGCAGUAUGAACAAACACAGAAAGAAAUAACCGAACUCUCAGAUCCGACAACGUCAGAUGAAAGAGUACAUGAGUUAUGGAAUGCGACAGAAGCGGAGAAGCGUGCGAGAGAGCGAGAGAAUGCUAGACGGCUCGCACUGUUGAAGGAAAGAGAGGAAAGACGGAACAGAGCUGAAAGGGCUUGGAGACCAGGUCAACAAUCGCCGGGAUCAGGUUCCCCCGUCCAACCUUCAUCACCGUUACUAACUUCGCUGCUGAAGUCAUCACCGGUGGUGACAAUACCACAGCAUAUGUCACAUCCAGCUAAUACUGUCGAUACGAUAUCCCCUUCAGCGGGUGCUCCCACACUGUCGAUGUUGUUAGAAAAGCCUCAAGGUGGCUCCAGUCCUCAAGAGAGUAAGCACGCAGCCAUAGAACAUAUCAAAAGUCAGCUGGUGCAAAUAGAACAACAACUGAAAGCGGGUACAUCAACCCCAUCCCCAGUGCUCACCCCCGCCCCCGCAGUGGACAUAGACGAUAUAGAGAUCAAAGCUGAAGACGUAUACGCGUUCAGAGACAUAGACAUACACAUACCGCCUGUCACCUCUAUGCACAAGACUGCUGCUAGAAUAGAGAAGCCCGUAUAUAAGAAGGAAGAAGAAAAAGCUACUGAAAUAACUAAUGUUGAGUCCACGCAAGAUGUAGAAAUAAAGGAGGAGCCAAUGGUUGUCGAUACGGAGGAAAAUAUUGUUGAACAAGAGGAAACUCAAGAAGAAGUGAUAGAAGAAAGUCCAACAGAAGUACAGAAUGCGGAUCUAAAAAUUACGUUUCCUGAAGUAAAAUUUCCAACUCCGGAGAUAAAAGUGAUUCAACCUGAAGAUAAUGCGAUCAAAGAAGAAAUACAAGAAACAGAAACAGAAGAAACGGAACCGGAGAAAGAGAACGUAGAAGAGAAGACUGUAGAAGUGGAAGAAGUUCAAAUAGAAGAAGUAACUACACAAGAAAUAGAAGAGAGCGUCGAAACUCCCACAGAAACAAUAACAGAAGAGAGAGUAGAAGUCCAAGAAGAGAUAGAAGAAGUAAAAGAAUCGAUAGAAGAAUUACAAACGAAUGUUAUUAAAGCAGAAGAAAUACCAUUACCUCCUGAAAAAGAAACUACAGAAGAAAAUAUUAUACCAGAAACGACAGUGAAAGAAGAAUUGAUAGAAACUCCACAAGAAACAAUAGUAGAAGAGAAUGUCCCAGAAGAUAAAGAAGUUACCCAACCUGAAGAGAAGGAAACAGAAUUAAUCACAGAAGAGAAGAUAGAGGACGUUAAAGUGGACGAAGACGCAGAAGACUCCAUACCAUUAAAAGAAAUGAUUAAAGAAGAAUGUAUAGAAGAGAAGACAGAAGAAUUAAGCCGUCCUCUAGAUACAGAAGAUACGCAUACAGAGACGGAUGAUGAUACGCCAAUGGAGCUAAGUCGUGAAGAAGAAAAAGAUGGUAAAAAGAAAAGAGAUUAUUCUAGAAAGAAGAAAUCUGAAUCCAGAACAUGUUCAGGGUCAGAGAGCGCGGCGGAGGCGAGCGCUCCUGACUCCCCAAGCGCAAGCGACGCUGAGAAACAACAUCGCUUGUGGAAGAAGAGUGUUAUGUUAGUUUAUAGCAGGUUAUGUGCACAUAAAUACGCGUCAUUGUUCCUCCGGCCCAUAUCUGAUGAGGAAGCUCCAGGGUACAGCGUGGUGGUGAAGAGGCCCAUGGACCUCACUACUAUUAGGAGGAAUAUCGAUUCUGGUAUGAUACGUACAACAGCUGAGUUUGAACGCGACGUAUUAUUGAUGUUAUCUAACGCGCUUAUGUACAACAGCAGCGAGCACAGCGUGCACUCCAUGGCCAUGCAUAUGCACGAGGAGGCUCAAUGUCAACUAGGUAUGUUGGUGGCUGCACAAGCGCACGCGGGGCUCGUGUCCGCUCCCCCCCGCCGCAAGCGACGCGCGCCCCUCCCGCCUCGCGCGCCGCGCACCCCGCAGCCACUACCACACACCGACUCGCCGCAGCCCGCCAAGCGACACCACUGAACACCACACAUCAACACUCAACACUACUGAACAUCACACAACACCGCUGAACACCACACAACUCUCAUACACUACACUACAACACUCAACACUACCGAACUCAGUCGAAACAUUAGCUAUAAUUACACUAGUUAACUCGACCUUUGACUAUACUAGCAAUCUCUGACACAAUAAACUACAACACUCAACACUCAAGAACUCCAAGGCUUACACUAGCGAUAUCUGAUAUGAUGAUGACUACAAUAGCUUUCUUUGACUACGCUAAUGACUUCUCUGACAACUCUAGAGAUCUGUAACACCAACGACCUCUUUGACUGCACUAGCUAACAUCAGCUACCUUUUAACCCUUAAAAUCAUGAUUUUUCCAAACCUCCCGAAAAAACUAUAUUUAAUGCAAAAUCGGUAAUAGUAAUGGAAAAACAAAAAAUCUAGCUUCCAAUUUUAUAUGUUUUGUUGACCAUGUUAGUAAGUUCUUUGACUACACUAGUGAUGUUGACUACUCUAGUAAUCUCUGACACAAUAAACACUCGACACUCAACACUAAGGAACUCAAACUCAAAAAAAACUCUCUAAAAACUAUUCAAUAUAUUAUAUUAAUGUGACAUGAAACAUAAUAAUAAAGCAUUAUCUGUUACAAGUACAAAAUUUCAUUCAAACGAAAUGCAAAAAUACAUAAAACUGUUUGUAUCUGAUCUAAUAUUAGAUUGUUGAUUUAGUUUAAGAAUAAAACAUUUUUAAUUAA